CCCUUCUUCCGUUCCCACUCCAACUCACGGAGUCACAGUUCAAACGAAAAAAGACCAGUUUGAUUAUUCUAUUUCCGUUUCUCCUUCAUUCUCCGUUUCACUCUUUUUCACAGUUUUUUCUUUCCUUUGACCUAACCUACCCCUCUCCUUAAUUCCUUGUCUUGUGUUUUGUGUGAAGAACAUACUUUACCUUCUCUUCCCUUCUCUCUCUGGUUUUAACAAAAACUGAAGCGUUUGCCGCAUAAUCAUGCACCCUCCACGACAGCAGUCACAAGGUGGUGAAGGACUACGAACUUCUCUGUCUCUAGUUUCUUCAGAUCCCCGCCUUUCACUUGAGGAGCCUAGAUCAAACACUGGCAAUCUCCGUGAAUCUCCGACUGAAAGUGCCAGUUCUCGGGAAAUUUGGCCUCCUGCUGCAGCAAUAAAAAGGGAGAGUGACUGCCCUGAUCAGGCUGUUAUACGUCGUGUUUCUGGUUCUGACAAAAUUACUCUUCAUGACGUUGCAAGAGAACGAGUUGAUAUUAUAUGUGAAAAAAUGGUUCAUCUACCUUCCGAAUUUCUUGACGAACUGAAAAAUGAACUUCGAGUUAUCCUUGAAGGAGGGAAUGGCUCGCAGCAUAGAGAGGAAUUUUUUAUUUUGCAGAAGCUUGUUCAGAGUAGAUCUGAUUUAACAACCAACACAUUGGCACGAACACAUCGUGUGCAGCUCGAAAUCCUUGUUGCCAUAAAUACUGGAAUUCAGGGAUUUUUACAUCCUAGUAUCAAUCUAUCUCAGGCUUCAUUGAUUGAGAUAUUUCUGUAUAAGAGAUGUAGAAACCUAGCUUGUGGGAGCCAGCUUCCUGCUGAAGAUUGUACCUGUGAAACAUGCACCAAUGGAAAUGGUUUCUGCAAUCUUUGCAUGUGUGUUAUCUGCAGUAAGUUUGACUUUGAAGUAAAUACAUGCCGCUGGAUUGGAUGUGAUUUGUGCUCUCAUUGGACUCACACUGAUUGUGCCAUUCGCGAGCAACUUAUUUGUGUGGGCCCUGCUACACAGAAUGGAACAGGGCCAAGCGAAAUGGUAUUUAAGUGUCAAGCAUGCAAUAGGACUUCAGAACUGCUGGGUUGGGUUAAAGAUGUCUUCCAGCAUUGUGCGAUGUCAUGGGAUGGAGAGGCCCUGAUUAGGGAACUUGAUUUUGUCAGUAGGAUCUUUCAUGGAAGUAAAGACCCACGAGGGAGGAAACUCCACUGGAAGUCUGACGAUCUCAAGGAAAAUUUAAGAAGUGGCAAAGUCGAAACUACGGCUGCAUGCACGGGAAUAUUGAUGUUUUUCAAAGAGCUUGAGCUGGACUCUCAAAAGACCCUGGAAAAUGUUGAAAGUGGAAGUGGAAGACUGAUUGUUCCACAGGAGGCAUGCAAUAGAAUUUCAGAGGUGGUGCAUGAGGCUGUAAGAAAUAUGGAAAUGGUAGCCAAUGAGAAGAUGAGAAUGUUCAAGAAGGCUCGGUUGUCUUUUGAUGCUUGUGAACGUGAAUUAGCAGACAAGGCCAGAGAAGCAGGAGAACUAAAAAUGGAUAGGCAAAAAAAGAAGUUAGAGAUUGAAGAACUAGAGAAAAUUGUGAGGCUUAAAAGUGCAGAGGCUGAUAUGUUCCAGAUGAAGUCCAAUGAAGCUAAAAGAGAAGCUGAGCGGCUCCAGAGGAUUCUUCUUGCCAAGUCUGAUAAAUCAGAAGAAGAAUAUACCAGUAAUUAUUUGAAGCAAAGAUUAAGUGAGGCCGAGGCUGAGAAGCAGUAUCUGUAUGAGAAGAUCAAAAUGCAGGAGUCUUCUCGUAUAUUGCAAAGCAGUAGUGGUGGUGACCCCUUGAUGUUUUCCAAAAUUCAUGAUCUUCUCUAUAGUGUUCCUCCCAGUGCAGAUGGUCCAUCUAAUGACUGCCAUCCUUUUCGAACAAACCCAUAAGCCUCGGUUAAGUGUAUGCAUAUUGUAAUCGUCUACCUAUAAUAGUAAUAUUAUUUUAUUACACCAUUGAUGCAGUCGGUGUCACUAGGUUCGAGACGUUUCAGACAAUCUAACCCUUCGUGGGAAGAGGUAGUAGUAAUUUGUUGUCCCGAUCUAUGUUUGAAUACAUUUUGAUUUGUGAAAUCUAAUUAGUUAAUCAAUAUGUUUGGAAUA